CAUAUUUCAACAAAUUGGUUUAUCUUAACAUUCAUAGUGACAUAAGUUUGAGUCUUACACGUUUUCAAAAACAUUAAGAGCCAAAUGCACAUAUUACCUUUAUAUUAGUAAUAUAAUUUAAAGUGCUUAAGACAAAUUAAAAGUCACGUGAUAGAAGAUGUUGAAUAUGCUCGAAGAAAUCCGAUAAAACCCGAGUAGAAUGGCAACAGGUGCCCUCUUACUUGGCAGUCAGAUAUGUCAUCGUUUUACUACAUGCAGUUGAAAGAAACACACAUCCAACACAUUGGAUUACAAUAAUUAAAAAACAGACAAAAUGCUCAUGUACAAGCUAACUGUGAUAAUCCUGUCUCUCCUGUGCAAUACCUUCCCGCACCCUGUGAAUACAGAGGCAGACCUGCUGGAAGAUGAAGAGACAGAAUACUCCAAUGAUUUCCUUGUGGAGAUUUCUGGUGGGGAACGGGUGGCCAGAAGUAUAGCAGACCAGUACGGUUUUAGAAUAGAGGAUCAGUUUCACUUGGAUGAGUAUGGAGAUGUGUACCAUUUUGUACACGAUGAGAUUGAGAAGCGAACUAAGAGAGCAGCUGAUAAACACAGAGAUUUAUUGUUAUCACAUCUACAGGUUAAUCAUGUUGAGCAACAAGUCCAUCUGAUAAGAGACAAAAGAGACUUCACACCAAAAGAAUUGGAAGAAGUACUUGUAGCAACAAUUAAAAGAGAAGCAAUAGAUAAUACACACUCUGAUAUUGAAAAAAGACGCAUAGACUUGGAAAAAGAGAAACUUACUGCUAGGAAAGACAGAGAAACAGAAGAGGAUACAAGGGAUAUUGUAUAUGACAAACAAAACGAACUAGAGAUAGAAACUUACAAAGAUAGAUCAGUAUUUGAGAGACAUUACACAGAAGAAAAUGACAUGGCUUUUAAAGAUGGAAUCCCAUCACCCGAUACAGAAGAUGACAUGAACUUUAUAGACCCUCUGUAUCGCGAUCAGUGGCAGCUUCAUAACAGUCAAAUAGCAGGUGGUAAGAAAGGCAUGAACCUAAAUGUAGUGGCUGCUUGGAAAAAGGGCUUCACAGGCAAGGGAACAGUUGUAUGUAUUUUAGAUGAUGGUGUACAACAUGAACAUCCUGAUCUGAAGAAGAACUAUGACCCAGAAGCCAGUUCAGAUUUUAAUGGCAAUGAUGAUGACCCCACUCCAAGAGAUGAUGUCUCCAAUAGUCAUGGGACCAGGUGUGCAGGUGAAAUUGCAUCAGAGGCAAAUAAUUCAUUCUGUGGUGUAGGAAUAGCAUUUGAUGCUAAAAUUGGAGGAGUGAGACUUCUUGAUGGUAAAGUAACUGAUAAACUAGAAGCCAAGGCAGCCAUCUUUAAAAUGACCUACGUUGACAUCUAUAGUGCCUCCUGGGGUCCACGGGAUAAUGGGAAAGUGAUGGAGAAGCCAGGAAGGUAUACACAGGCUGCUUUAAAGGAAGGCACAUCUAAGGGAAGGCAUGGAAGAGGUAAUAUCUAUGUAUGGGCAACAGGCAAUGGGGGACAUAUGGGAGAUGACUGUGGUGCAGAUGGUUAUGUAAGCAGUAUCUACACAUUAUCAGUGGGCUCUAUAAACCAGUAUGGUCUGAGCACAUAUUUCAUGGAGUUUUGUCCUUCAACCUUAGCUGUAGUCUACAGUGGAGGCAAGCAUGAUCCAAAGGAUAGACAUGAAAGAGAGCAUCCUAUACUCAAAGUGGUGACCACUGACAUUGAUGGUGGCUGCACAGAAAAUUUCCAAGGAACAUCCAGUGCUGCUCCUUUAUGUGCUGGAUGUGUUGCACUGGCCUUACAAGCCAAUCAAAACAUGACCUGGAGAGAUGUGCAACACCUGGUGGUUGAGACAGCUAGAAUCCCUAAUUUCAAGGAGCCUGGCUGGGAAGUCAAUGGGGCCGGCAAGCACACCAAUGAAAAGUUUGGUUUUGGUGUCUUGGACUGUGGGAAGAUGGUGGAGGUAGCACAGACAUGGAAAAAUGUUGGCCCUCAACAUACAUGUGUAUCACCAAUGCAAAAAGAGAACAAAAAAAUUGACAGUAAAAGUACAAUUAGUAUGACCAUGUCCACGUCAGCCUGCCAGAACACGGAAAACAGAAUAGACCACCUAGAACAUGUGGAGGUGUACGUCAGAUUAAACACGUCACGUAGGGGGGACAUACAGUUAACCCUCAUCUCUCCUGCUGGAACCAGAUCUGAGUUACUCUCCUUGAGACCUUAUGAUGAUUCAAAGAAAGGAAUAGAUUUCACAUUCAUGACAGUUCGUAACUGGGGUGAAAAUCCACGUGGGACUUGGACACUGGUGGUCAAAGAUAUUCCCCUAAAUGGUCGGGAAAAUACUGGUGAGAUAACAUACUGGCAACUGAUUUUGCAUGGAACUGAUGCAAAGGCAGAAAGAGGCAGAUCUGCCAGACCACACAAGGAUGAAGAUGAGAUGCAAUCAGCAUUUGUACCUGACCCACAGACUGUAAAAAACAUGAUGGAAAAGGAGGAAGCAGAGUCAAAAGAAGUAGUUAUUAAAAAGUUAACACAAGCAGUAACUAAUGCAUUGCCCUCUUAUGACAGUGAGUAUUUGCAGAAAGAAAUCAGGGAGAUCAUUGGAGCAAUCUUAGAUAAAACCAUUCCAAAAGCUAAUGUUAAAGAUGUGUUACAAGACUUAGUUGAAGAUCUGCAACUUUAUAUUGCAAACAGAGACAAAGAGAACAGAGGUGGUCAGAAAUCAAAAGACAACCUUAGACAAGCUGUGGGGGAAGUAGAAGAAUCUCUUAAUCCUGCAAAAAUCCAAGACGGGAAAUUGGCAAAUGCUAGGAGACUAGUAGCUGGUGAAGAUGCAAUGUUACAAAGUAAUAAAGAGGAUCAUAGUUAUAACAGUUUCCACAAAACAGAUAGGCAGGAAGAUACAGACAACAUAAGAACCAUGUUUAAAAAGAAAUAUGGCCUUUCCGAUGAUGAUAUUGAUAUGCUUGAAAAGUUAGCCAAAAGAAUGUUUAGUGCAUAGACAUUAUACACUGUACAACCCUUCAGUAUUUAGUAACAAUUAUCUUUUACGUUCUUUGGCUGCAAAAUUUCAUGUUAAUUUUUUUGUCAUGGAUAAGUUCAUUAUAUCUAUUUCAUUUUAAGCAUGAAUCUUACCAGAUAGUAUUUACAAAAAAGUUAUCUUUGCAUGUUAUGGAAGAAAAUUCUCACCUACCAAUACCACAAAUCUGCUUUGCCACAAGAAUUUAAUCCAAACACACACACACACACACAAAAAAAAAAAAAAAAAAGACAAAAUCCAUCAUCAUUUUUUGCAUUUAUUUUCAUUACAUCUCUGUUAAAGUUCUGUUAAAGCAAAUGCAAUCACUCUAAAUUUCAUAAAUGUUGAAACAAAUAUAUCCACACUAAAUUAUAUAAAAUUAUAUAUCCAGGUUUAAUAGUAAAAAAAACUUGUGAGGAGCAUUUUCUUCUUGUCCCCAAGUUGACUUUAAAACACUCCUUUGCUAAUGACUGCCAGUCAAAGAGAUGUUUAUUGACAAAAAAAUACUUUUUUUAUAUUUUACAGAAUAUUGUUUAUUUGCUGAACUGAGUAUCUUUCUACAUGCAAGUGUCCUGAAAAUUCAAAACAAACUUGACCUUACUCAAAACAAGGUGUUUAAUUAAUGCAAGCCAUAUGCUCGAGGCCUGCAUAUUUUUGGUUUCAUCGUCUUGCAGAUAUUAUGUAACACACAUUUGUUCUUACAGCAGAGUAAUUUUGUUAUAUUUUUUGUUUUACAAAAAAAACUCCAUAUUUCCCAAGGGUGUAUCUUUUAUAGGAGGACUCUUUUACAAUGAUCAUUAAGAGGAAUGUCUCACUUACACAACUACUCAUCAAUAACCAGAUUAAAACUUAUAAACAAGCUACUUAAGAUAAAGCAUGAAUUGGAGCAACAUUUAAUUAUUAUUACUUUUUUUUUUUUUUGUAUAAAGUCUGCAUAUUAUAAGUUUCCGAGUCAAACAUACUCCACCAUACAAAGGUACUUUUGUCACCAUUUAAAAUUGUGCAUUUUUAUGUGUAGAAGUUCUAACAUAUUUGGGGACCUCAACAGUUAGAGUUAGAAUAGUUUAUAUGCAGGCCUGAAAAUGUCCAAUUGAGGAACAUGGUAUUUUCUCAUUUUAUGAGAUUAUUCAACUGAAUUGUGUAUAUUGAAAAACAUACAGCUAUUUUAGUUAUACUGCUCUUUUCAAGGUUGUGUCUAUUUAUUAUUUAGAGGUAUAUUUACAUAUUUUAAGUGCAAUUAAAUCUACUCACUUCGUUAAAUCCACCUCAUUCUUAAUAAAUACCAAAGUAUGUUUAAUGAGAAAAACUGUACUCUGCAUUUAUAGUAAUGAUCAAGGAGUUCUGGGGAUGGUUUUAAAAAUAUAUGUAGACAUUCAGAUUGGAGAAAUAAACAAGGGCCUAUUGCAUUCAAAUAGGCCCGUUUAGUUUUUUUA